AUGGCGGGCGCCAGCGAGGCGCUCGACUGGGAUGCGAUCGUUGAGCAGACUCACAGUCCUCCUGUGACGUCGCUGGACACGCACCAGCGGCCGUGGGAAGUGGACGAGCGCGACGUGACCGAGUUUGGCGGCUUCUCCCUCGAUGACGAUGUCGACGUCGUUAUGUGUGAGGUGUGCAAAAAGCCCGUGCUUCGUGAGGCGCACGCCUUUCAUCUAGAAAACUGCGCGGUGGUGCAGGGCAUGGCCGAUGGCCGCCUCUCGCCCAGCCUGCUGCGGGCGGCGUCCCAGGAUGCGGGUGCCAGUGGCGAUGCCGGCGCCUUGCAGGCGCGGCGCAAGAACCUGGGUGGCGGAAAGAAGAACCGCGGCCCUAUUGACUUGGACCGCCAGUGCGGUGUCAUCAACAACAAGGGCCUGCCGUGCUCGCGCUCCCUAACGUGCAAGUCGCACAGUAUGGGCGCCAAGCGCAAUGUCGCAGGCCGCUCGCAGCCGUACGAUGUGCUUCUGUUCGAGUGGCAGAAGGCGACGAACCCCGCCUUUGUCGCGCGCCUGGAAGAGAAGGAGCGCUCGAUCGCUGCGGCGAAGCAGUCUGCAGGUGCCAAGGACAAGAAGCGCAAGGCGACAGCGGACCGGCGCGGCGCGGGCGCGGGCGCCGACCUGACCGACCGCGACGGUAGCCUGCGCCUCGCGGCAGAGAACCCGGUGGAUAUGUACGUAUCGCAUGCGUCGUUCCAGGACGUCGAUACGGAGAUGCGGCACGUCCUCGAGACGAUUCACAUGUCUGCAACGCGUGAGCGCACUACGAUUUUGCCGCUCGCGACGCGCAGCCUCGCGGGACAGUAUACAACGCGCAUGAAGCGCUUCCGUGUGCUGCGCCAGUAUCUCGCGCGCGGCCUCUCGGGCACGGCGCACAUGCAGGCGCGACUGAGCAGCGAGACGGCCGGCGCCAAAACGGUCGCCCAGGGCGGCGAUGCGCCUGUGGUGGCGGCCGGUAAAUAG